CCCGCGGUAAAAGCUGGCCCGAACAGACUCCGCGGUUCGGUGGCGGGUCGGACUGUCGGUAUUUGCACUUUUGUCUCUCGAUGCAAGCCAUCUACGCACCUUUUGGGUACACUUUUCAUGCGACUCGAUAUCCUCGCAUGCGGAGGCGCGGCCACCAUCGAUCGGCCUCCAGAGCCGACAAGCAGCUUGCGAGAGCCUCCGGGUCUAGCAUGGACGGAGGGAGAGAGGGAGGGAGAGUGAUUGCCGAUUGAAGGAGGUUGCGAAGUCUGUCCCUCAACAAGAAAGAUGCGAUCCACGGCCCCGGCUCCGCCCUUCUAUCUUCUUUCGGUGUCACGAGCGGGGAUCUUUUGUUUUAUCUUGUAGAGACAGGGAGCGGAAAUCUGCCUCUUCCGACCACAACUGCGUCUCAACAAUCUGCUCUUGUGGGCGGAGCACCGAUUACGCGAAGGGAGGUUUCUAGUUCGGUAGGAGCGAGUGUGUACGGUUCAACUGCAAUCGACGUCAGCUCUAAUUUGCCAGUUUCUUCUAGAAGGGCCGUGGAUAAUUCUGACUUGCGUGAUUUAUGUGCAUCUGCUGCCGCGAGGAGAGCAACUUCAUUCCAAUCGAUGCGACAUCCCGUCGAGCAAACCGGAGAUGGUCUGGAGUCUUCUUCUUCAGAGCCACCGUGCGAGUCUAUAUUUUCUCCUUCGCCAAUUGACAUUGCCGACGAUUUUCAAAGCUCCGUUGGGCACGAAAUUGUAGAGGCCAUGGCUGCUGGCAAGGGAUUUGACUCAUUUGUUGGACGUCGCCUGCCGAUACCCGAUCUCCUUCAACGUGUUUUGUACGCCGAGCGAGGAAAAGUUCGUCAGGCAUGUUCAUAUCUCAUCCUCGCUGUCCAUGCCGUGAUGUUAGAGACGGGAUUUGUGAGGGUGGAACCAGGUUUGGCCGCUGCGGAAGGGCAUGAACUCCCUCCUGGUUGGAGCAGUGCGGGCCUUGUCAACCUCGUUUACUCGCUGCCAGACCUGCUAACUUCAAGGGAUUCAGAAUCCGGUAGAAUCCAAGGAGAGGAAGCGCUUCUGCGCUGCCAGGUUGUGGGUAAUGCCGUUGUAGUUUAUGGGGCUGUAACGGGCGGAACUGUGCAUCGCUUGAGUUUGUCGGUAAAGAAGUUCAUGCUUGAAGAUGCUGUACUUCGUACAGCCAGCGAUGAAGCGAACAGACAAAAGGACUUGGGCGUCGAAGAUAUGAAUCAAGAUAUAACCGAACGGAGCCGCAGUGUUGUCGCGGAUUUCAACGAUAACCCGAUGGCUUUGGGCUUCGGUAACGAAAACCAUGUUUUUCGUGACAUUUUUGAGCUCUGGAAGGAUGUCAAAGAUUCACUUUCCCUUCCGUUGCUGACAGUGAUUUGUGAAAAAGCUGGAUUGCCGCCCCCCCCAUCCCUUCUUAGGCUUCCGACAGAAUUGAAGAUAAAAGUUCUGGACUCUCUUCCGGCAGUCGCCUUGGCCAGUCUUGCAUGCGUCUCCUCGGAGCUGAGAUUUCUCGCAGCCAGUGAAGAUCUUUGGAAGCAGCAAUAUCGGCAGGAGUUUGGCGCCGGUGGUGAUAGGGCUCCUGGUGGUCGUGGGUGGAAAAAUGCUUUUGUUCGGGACUGGGAGAACAGGAGGAGAAGAGAAGAAGAUAGAAGAGAAGCCGAGAGGUACUUUCGGAAUGAUAUGUUCCCUCCCGGGACUCCUUGGCGAGCUUCAGCUUACCCACCCCAUUUUGGCGUAUUGGAUUAUUUUCAAGGUAUGGGAGGGAGCUCUCGGCGAGGGAUUGGAGGGUUCGGUCCAGAUGGCGGGGCUGGAUUCAGAAAUUAUGGCUUUCGUGGAGGUCCGCCAGGGAAUCCAAUGGCAUACGCUGGCAAUCGGGCUGUAGGGAGGCUUGACUUCGGGUUCGGUGGCAAUAGAGACGAUGUUGGAUGUUUCCACAGUAUGGAUGGUGUUGUAUACGAUGGUCAAGGAUUGCGAACAUGGCCGUCUCCCAAUUCGUUGCCAACAAGGGGAACGCGGUCUCUGACUGGUUAUGGCGGAGGUCGAGGUUCAGAAUUCCGACCACGCAAUAGACUCGACGGUGAUGGAGAUGUUGGUCUUUCUUUAGGGUUGGGACCGUACCGCUAGUGACACGUUGUUCAAGGCGAUCCUAACGAAAUGAAGGACUUCCAAGUCGGGGACUGAGCAGAUGAUUGAGAGAUCACAAGCAAAUAUUUUGAUGCGAGUGUCUGCACGAAGAAAAAAUGAUCGGAGCUACCUGGUUGGAAACCGUAAUGUGGACGCAGUUCCAAGCAGGAAUGAAUGUUGGUGAGGGGUUGAGUUAUAGUACCAGAGAAAUGUGUGUACAUCAGGUACCACGUACUGGUUCUCAGGUGAUUUUUGACAGGGCCAACCAAAGUGGCUUGAGCACACUUUCAGAAUGCGAAUAGUGAAAUAACAUUCUUAUAACAUUUCUUUCGACCAAUCUCUUUUCACUUUUCUCAUUCCGCGUGAACUGAAGACGAAUCCCUGAACUCUUGUAAAAAUGCCCACAGAUUGACCCUUCUUUCAGAAGUUUUUGCUGUGUAGAUCCCGAAAACUUAGUUAAAUACAAACGCCGAACUCCAUCGUAGUUUUUUUUUCCAGUCGUUGCUUAAGGCGCUAAUUUUGCCAUUAGAGCUGACUUGCUGGUCGUACGUUGCGCAGCUAACGAGAUUGGUUAGUUGAGUGCUUGCCACUGGCCAGCUUGCGCCUCCGGACGAUCCUUUCCCUUUGCAUCCAAGCGGGGCUGUUUUUGUUUCUUUCCUCUUGCAUAUUGUCCAUACACUAUUUAGACGGAUCUGAUAGUUGAAAGAUAGACUUUCAUAAGCUUUUAGAAAGAAGAUGUCAGGUUACCGGCUGGAAUCCCUGGAGUUGCUAAAUGGAGCGGGAAGAAAUAUAUUCUCCUUCGUCGGUUUACCCAAGGUUAAGAGGGUUAUCUUAAGUGUCGAAAGGCACUUGUUUAAAAAUUUGUAUAGAUGGUACGUCGCGUGUGCAUGGCAAUAAAGUAUAUCAUACGUGUAGUAUUAUAUGCUGCCUUCUGCUCUACACGUUCCAUACGUGUUAAGGAGACUAACUGCUCCAGACUAGUGGUUGAGCUUAGUAAUUCUGGCUCAGAAGAGGUCUUUUCUUUUUUUGUCUUGUCUGUCAUCCUGCAGACGAUAAAUUAAUAUAGUUACCUCUCUUACUCUACCAAUUUUCUGCUCCUGUUCCGAAUUUACUGUCUACUGGAUUUGGGAGACUACAGCUUCUCACUUCUCAACAUUUUCCUAUUUCUUGGAAUUGCACAAUCGGAAUCAAAAUGCUGUAUUAAGGUAAGGCUUCCCCAUUCAAUGCGAACGUAGUAGAUUACGGCUGUAGCGAAAGGAUGUUCUUCGUCGGGACGUGCCUUUCUAUAAAUCACUGGAAAAGUGCUGAACGUGGAUAUUCGGCAGGCACGCACGGAGCACUUCCCGGUUAUUCUCUUUCGCUUCCGAGCAUCUAUGCUGGAAGAUGUUUCCCUGUUGAUUAAAUCACUGUAAACCUCAUUUACCUCGCAAAUGGAUAAAAAGGAAAGUGGAAGGCCAGAACGGUAGUUCUGCGGAGCCUAUGAGUGUUAAAUAGUUUGUGAUGACAGUAAAUAAGUGCAAUUUCGUGAGCCGAGGAGCUAGCGUGCUUACAUGUCAGCUUCCGGGAAGGUUCAAGAAUCUUCGGUUUGGCUUGGAAACUUCGAAUGUGCGAUACCCACGCUAAGUGUUACGCAAAGGUUUCAAUUCAGCAACUGCGGAUACUUCUUUUGGCGAGUAGUAAAGAACACUUCGGAUGUGACAAAGGGAUGAUGUAACCGCACGUGAGUCACGAACACGUUCCCAGCAGCUUCUGUCGGAGGAGAUGGGUCGCAAAGCAAGCGUACGCUUGGUGUACAGAACCACGAAGUCGCGCUUCGCGUCGAGACCCGAGGCCCUUAACCCGCCUUUGUUCUGUUGCCUGGUUCCAGCCGUAGUUUAAUCUUACUCCGAGGCACGAGGCUCGCCUUCAUUGGGUCGAUACCGAGUCAGGUCUAUCCUAUUGAAUUAGAUCGGACCAGUGACCAGCGACCAGCGAGACGUUCUUUAAGUUUACUCUGUUCCCUGGAUUGUAAUAUAGUGGGUACGGACCAGAUCUAGUGCCAAAUAUUACACUGGUAGAACGAAAGGUCGUCAAAUUUCGAUGCUUACGUAUAUCGGCAUAGCAGGGAUGUCAGGUAUGUUUGCUGCACAGUCCCUAGCAUGCAAGGAUGUACCUGUUCGUCGAGAGAUUUUAACCCUGGCAUGAAGCAAGUAAAAAACGGGGAAGGCGAUGCAAGUCGUCCAGCUCAUUGAACUGCACAAACUGCACAGACCUCGUAGUCUGUUGUAUUUUGUUGACGUGUCACUUGCAUCAGUUAUUGAGCUUGGAAACCCUUUAUCCUGAUCAUAGUCAGCCUACAUUUUUUGAUUUUUGAGCAUUUGCUUCUCGGUACAUGUAGUCGUCAGCCUAAACCUAUGGGACGUGUUUCGCAUUGAGUACUCUCUAUAUGUCGGAAACCGGCAUUGGAAUCUGGAAGAUGUUUUGUUCCCUGAGACGAGCCUCACUCCUAUAUUUAAAAUCUACCUAUAAUCGUGUUUUGCAGGUGGAUUCUUCAGAUGGUGUCCUACUUUUGUACAUUAACACUUAGUAAUACCACUCGCCUGGUAUAAAGCACGGGCUUUUACAAAGAUUGAGAGCUUUUAUUUAAUCAUGUCAAUCCAUACAGUAGUCUUAGUAGGCACUUUGAACCCGGGAGUGCUGUGCGUACUUUCCCGGGAGGUGCCUACUUAAGAAAAAUGAUUUCCUAACCGUUUGAUUUGAGUGUAAUGUCCAAGGAACCUUAUAUGAACACUCCUAAAUGACUCGUCGCUAUUUGAUAUCAUAGAGAAACUCAGCAAAAUCCUGAUUCUAGUGGAAGAGCUCGAACUUGCAAGUGACUUGAGACAAACGGAACAAAUCACAAAGCUAAAUUGAGAUAAUGUGUGAUGAAGUUAAAGAGAAGACUAUGUAAUCUCACUCUUCUAACAUCUAUUGACACCGC